AUGGUGUCAUUGGAGAAACUUGAGGACCUUGAGUAUUUCAAUGUUUCGUUCAAUGAACUGACCGGUGAAAUUCCAAAUGGAGCGCUUUUGAAGAACUUUACCUUUGAUUUUUUCAUUGGCAACGGAGAAUUGUGUGGAGCAUCUCAAUUUAAGGUUGAGUCAUGUAAUACAACUCGAUUAUCAAGCAAUACCAGAUUUUUGAAGUACAUUUUACCAUCAAUUGCUGGCGUAUUGAGUCUGGCCAUUAUUGUCGUUUAUUUAAUAAGACGCCCUUGCAGAAAUACACUUCUUCCAGCUCAGUCUACUCCCCCCUUCACUAUCAAGAGGAUUUCAUAUUAUGAAGUGCUAAAUGCUACAAAUAAAUUUGGUGAAGAGAAUAUGAUUGACAAAGGAACAUUUUCAGGUUCGGUUUACAAAGGAACAUUUUCAGACGUAAUGAUUGAUGCUAUUAAGAUUUUUAAUCUGGAUCUGCAUGGCCGAGUUUCCUCGAUAUUCAAUUCAUUCAAGUGA